UAAUCAUCAUCAACACUCAUUUCGUGACUGGUGGCGUGAGAUAUGGCGACGGCCGCUGCAGCGAAGGUUCAAGAGGUUCGAGAGAUUACGAGGAUUGAACGAGUUGGAGCCCAUUCCCACAUACGUGGUCUCGGACUCGAUGAUUCGCUUGAACCACGACCGGUUUCCCAAGGGAUGGUGGGCCAGACUGUGGCUCGACGGGCUGCAGGCAUCAUCCUGGAAAUGAUCAAGGAAGGAAAAAUCGCAGGUCGUGCAGUCCUCAUUGCAGGCCAGCCAGGCACAGGAAAGACAGCAAUCGCCAUGGGAAUGGCACAAGCCCUGGGCCAGGACACACCAUUUACGGCAAUCUCUGGAAGUGAAAUUUUUUCCCUUGAGAUGUCCAAGACGGAAGCCCUGAUGCAGGCAUUUAGGAAGUCAAUAGGUGUCCGCAUCAAAGAGGAGACGGAGAUAAUUGAAGGAGAAGUUGUCGAGAUACAGAUUGACAGGCCAGCCACGGGAAGCGGUGCAAAAGUGGGAAAGCUCACCCUGAAGACAACUGAGAUGGAAACCAUCUAUGACUUGGGUCAGAAAAUGAUCGAAUCUCUCACAAAGGAAAAGGUGCAAGCUGGCGACAUCAUCACCAUAGACAAGGCCACUGGCAAGAUCACCAAGCUGGGCCGUUCCUUCACGCGUGCUCGAGACUAUGACGCCAUGGGACCACAGACCAAGUUUGUUCAGUGCCCUGAGGGUGAACUUCAAAAGCGCAAGGAGGUCGUGCACACUGUCACCCUCCAUGAAAUAGAUGUCAUCAACAGCCGAACACACGGAUUCCUGGCUCUCUUCUCGGGUGACACGGGGGAGAUCAAGGCUGAGGUUCGGGAGCAGAUCAAUGCCAAGGUGGCCGAGUGGCGCGAGGAAGGCAAGGCCGACAUCGUGCCCGGUGUGCUGUUUGUGGAUGAAGUACACAUGCUGGACAUGGAGUGCUUCUCAUUCCUCAAUCGGGCCAUGGAGAGUGACCUGGCACCAGUGCUGGUGAUGGCCACCAAUCGGGGCUUGACGCGCAUCCGAGGCACCAACUAUCAGAGCCCCCACGGUAUCCCCAUUGACCUGCUCGACCGGCUGGUCAUCAUUGCCACACAACCCUACCAGGAACGGGAGGUCAAGCACAUACUGCGCAUCAGGUGUGAAGAAGAAGACGUUGAAAUGAGUGACGAAGCGGUGACAGUUCUAACGAGGAUUGCCAUGGAGACAACACUUCGGUAUGCCAUCCAACUGAUCACAACUGCACACCUCGUCUGCAAGCGAAGAAAGUGCACUCACCCGCACAGCUUACUUGCGCUAUGGAAGUGUGCGCCACAGUUUCUCGGCUGCAAAAGGCACAGAGGUCUCAAUACAAGAUGUCAAGCGUGUCUACUCACUCUUUUGGGACGAGGCGCGAUCAUCCCAAUUUCUCAAGGAAUAUCAACAGGAGUUCAUGUUCAACGAAAUGGUUGCUGACAUUGAAAUGGAAGCUGCAUGAAGGUCAAGCACAAGUCGCAUGAUUCCUCCUGCCAUCAUCGAGCUUUUUUC